AUGAGCACCUUUGUGGCGAAACAGGGCAAGCAUUUUUUUUUAAGCAAUGCUAUUCAUAUUCAGGUAAAGCCGCUCAAGGCUUCAAUAUUCAGUAGGCCAUUAUUAGGCUUGAACCUACGUACCAUCACUCCGGUAAUAAAACCUUCGAGAUACUUCUCGCAAAAUUCUAAAAUUAAUGCUAGUUGGAAAGACCUCUUCAAUGGUGCUGGCAGCAGUCGUUACGCCAGGCUAAACCGCUUUCAACAGUUCCAGAAUGGUGGCAACAAGAGCAGAGGCGGCUUUUUUGGUAACAACAGUCUACGGAAUGUGACAAUUGCCGGGACGCUGUUCAUGGGAGCAACGUUUGUCGGAACCCCGUAUCUCUUUCAAUACGUCCCGCCAUUCACUUAUUUUAGGACCCAUCCCACUCAUUUGGUCUAUGGUAUAUUGGCUAUAAAUUGCGGUAUCUUUGGUCUAUGGCAUGUCCCUAGGUAUUGGAGAUUUUUGCAAAGAUACAUGCUUCUCGAAAAAGACCAUAUUUACAGCAAAUGGUCCUUGAUAGGAAGCGCGUUUUCUCAUCAAGAAGUAUGGCAUUUGGGUAUGAAUAUGCUUGCACUAUGGUCUUUCGGAACAAAUCUGGCUACUAUGCUUGGGCCAGCUAACUUCACUUCUCUUUACCUGAAUAGUGCUGUUUUGGGAUCUCUUGUUUCCCUUUGGUACCCUCGUAUUGCGCGAAUUUCUGUGAUGGCUCCUAGUUUAGGCGCAAGUGGUGCUCUGUUUGGUAUAUUUGGAUGCUUUUCAUAUCUAAUCCCACAAGCAAAGAUAAUGUUGUUUGUCUUCCCCAUCCCAGGAGGGGCAUGGAUCGCAUUUCUGGGUUCCAUGGCUUGGAACGCCGCCGGUUGCGCAAUGAGAUGGGGUUCCUUUGAUUACGCUGCCCAUUUGGGGGGUUCUGUGGCUGGUAUUAUAUACGCCUAUCUGAUCACUACACAACUGAAAAAGGAGAAGCAGCGUCGUAUGAGAAGUUUGUCCGCCUUUUAA